AAUGGCCAUUCAGUGGGAAAGAUUAACAUAUCAGAUGAGUUUGAAGAAGAUUUUGAGGGAACACCAAGGAAGACCAUAGCGUCCCCCGAGGUUGCGAAUCAAGUUGAGUUUGAAGAUGAAGAAACGUGGGGAGACUUCACGGCACAGCUUAGUGAUAGCAGUGAUGAGGACAGCAUUGUCGCUAUGGCACCCUAUCUCAAAUCAACUCCAGCAAAAGGAGCAUGAGGAGAAGGCCCUCCAUGCCAAGGCUGAGAGACCUGCAGGAGAAGGCUCCCAGGCAAGGCUCCUCAGGGAUCGACUCACCCAGCUGGAGAAUGAGAUUGAGAGAUUCAGGAAGGAGAACCUCCUCCUUGCCAAACUCAGGGAAGAAAGAGAGAAGGGAUUAGAGUCCAUGAAGAAGGAGAUGGAAGAGUUUCAGAAGCAGAAAGCAGAAGAGUUGCAGAGAAUUCAAGAAUACAAAGAUGAGGAGACAAAGAAACUCAAACGAGAGAGGAAGAUGUUUGAGAAACACCAGAAGACAUUGAGAACCAUGCCUGAUAAACGAGAUAGAGAAGAGAUUGAGAUGCUCAAACACCAGCUGGGUGACCUUCAAACAGAGCUCAAGCAACGUGAGUCAAGAUGGAAUGCAUCAACCAGGAGGCUCAAAGAUCGGACUGUUGCCUUGGAAACAGAGAAUACUGAACUGCGGGAAGAGGUCAAACUCAUGGAGCAGAGAAGACUAGCUGCCUGGAAGAAGGAGGAGCAUAACAAGGGAAAGCCUAUCUAUGCACAGCCCUCCUCAAUACCAAAACCCAAACCCAGUCCCCCCGCAAGACAUGAACAUCAAACAAUGGAACAGUCCAACAACAAUAACAUCAACAAGAAGAGGCCAGGAAGUGAGGACCGUCCCAUUAUUAGAAAUGGGGAUAGUCAGCAUCACAGAGGGAGUGCAAAGUCCAGGACCAUGUCAGAGAGCUCAGAUGAUGAUGAUAGUGAUAAUGAAUACCUGCAAGCAUACCCCGCACCUAGAAUGGAACCUUCCAAGCAGGAUGAUGAUAUAAUUUAUGAGAGCCAAAUAGCUCUCAGACGGAGUCGAUCGCCGUCAGACCGCGAGCCACCUCCCAUCCCGGUACCCAAUGAGAGAACCCCGCCCCCUGCCCGGACGAAACCCUCGUCCCUCUCCCCCUCUUCAACAUCCUCCAUCCAGCCCACCCCUCUAAACAGAAGUCCACAGCACCUACCUCAACCCAGACCAAGAGGCUCACCACAUAGAGACAUGCAGAAUGGGCAUGGGUUCAACCAUGGAGUUGCAGGUAAAGGGGUGGUCAGCAAACACCAAGAUGGAGGGGAUGAGGAUGAUGAGGAUUAUGAGGAUGUUUUACAUGGAGAUGGAAAGGUUGAGCAGAUCAACCCAGAUGGGUCAAGAGUUCUGACCUUCUCCAACGGAACGAGGAAAGAGAUCAGUGCGGACGGUCAGACCAUCAUCAUCUCUUUCUUCAACGGUGAUGUCAAACAGAUCCUACCAGAUCAACGUGUGGUAUACUACUAUUCAGAGACCAAGACGACUCACACUACAUACCAAGAUGGUUUGGAAAUCCUUCAGUUCUCAAACAAUCAGACCGAGAAGCAUUAUCCAGACGGUACAAAAGAGAUCACCUUCCCCGAUCAGACUAUCAAGUACCUCUUCCCUAACGGCGGAGAGGAGAGCGUGUUUGCGGACGGCACCGUCCUGAGAGUUGACCCCAACGGUCAUCGGGUCAUGGAGUUCCCCAAUGGUCAAAGGGAGAUCCACACUGACCAGUACAAGAGGAGGGAAUACCCUGAUGGCACAGUGAAGACCGUCUAUCCUGACGGCCGCCAGGAGACCAGGUACUCUAGCGGUAGAAUCAGGAUCAAAGACAAGACUGGUAACAUCGUAGUGGAUAGAAAGGGCUGAGGUAUCAUGGUGAACAUUCCUGGGGGUGUUUCACAAAUCCUUUUUUCAAUGACAAAUGACAAAAAUCAGUGACAAAUCUGCUGAUAACCAGUCAGAAGCAAGGAUUUCAGUAGCUUAUAACAACAGUUUUGUGAAACAUCCCCCAGGAUGUAAUGUCCCAUGAACCCAUUGCCUUCUGGAUCCAGAUGGCUCCUGUAUUAAGCAGCAAUCACUCAUUGGCCAAUGAGAGAAUCCCAUAGUCAAGAGGUUCAAAGUGAAACGCCAAGGAAGUAUAUUCCCCAUGUUCUUUAGAUGGGUAGCUUUUUUAACUCAUCACGCCAACCAAAAAAAAACAUACACUGGAUUAGUGAGCUAUUAAGCUUUGGAAAGCUUCCUAGUAGCUAUGGAACCCCCCCCCCCCCCCCCCCCCCUCAAAAAAAAAAAAAAACUCAAGUAGAAGAUGUAUAGAUGGGCACUGAUAUUUCUCACCCCUUUAAGAAAAGAUUUUAUAUAUUUAUUAACUACAAAUCAUCAUUAUUACUUAAGAUUACCCUGUACAGAAAGACCACCUACCAGUGAAGACUGCUUUUCUUGUCUUUGUGGAGUGUCCUUUAGGUAUGGGUUUUCCAUCACCCAACCGGAGAAUGAAAUGAAAUUUUUUGACUCAAGGGCCUUGGACAUCUUGCUAAAUAUUUUUUCCUCUGUACCUCUAUGAAUGGCCAGCUUCUUUAAAUACGAUUAUUGCUCAUAUUUUGCUUUGUAACUAUCUUUUUCAUUUUCUUGCCAUUAUUGCACCUGUGUGUCGGAAUGUCAUAAUUUUGUGCUGCUUUGAUUUUUCCCCAGUAUUUUCUGAGAUUGAUUUUGUUUAUUUGACUGAUUUCAUGGUUUUUGUUCAUAAGUUGCAUGAUUUUUGUCCAGUUUUGUACAUGUAUGUAAUUUCAUAAUAAAAAUAUUAAUAAUAUUUAAUUUUUAUAUAGCGCUUAAUACAGAUGUAUCUAAGCGCUUUACAAAUAUACCGUGUACUUACCCAAAGUUAAUUAUUCACUUGUCCAGAUUUAUAGGCAUUAUAUUUAUUACGAUUGUGCACUAGUUCUGGUAGGUGCUGAGACUGGCAUUCAUAGUAUAAUGAUGUGAAGAACUUAUAUUGCACCAUUUAUAAAUCACAUGUAAUUGUUUUGAUUGGUGUACGUUUGUGACCUUUACACUGUCCACUGGUAACGCACCUUUUUAAAGACAAACUCAACUUGGCAAAAUCUCUGAGUACAGUAUGUCAAAGAAAGAGCAAAAUAAUUUUCUAUAGCUACUGUAGCCUGUCAAUAUAUAUUGUUGGUUUUGUGCUGUGAAGAGAAUGAAAAUAAAGUGUUAUUUGGAGCUGUCAAGGUGCUAAAUGAUUAAAGAAGAAUUUUACAGUGUAGCUAAGUAACAACCGAAAAUGAAAAAGUUGACAAAUCAAACAAAACUAACACUGAGUUGCUAAAAUACUAAAAACUUGACAAGCUUUUAGGUUUUCAAGAAACACCUUUGUUUAAAAAGUUUUCAUGAAAUUUGAAUAUGUUAGUAAACUGGUCUAUUCCAUAACCAGAACCCAAUGUUGUGGCACAGAAUUGUCAGAUAUCAAACCACCUCGAAAGGAAAUGUUAGGAAAUUGAAUUGGUGUUAAAUAUGAUACUACUUUAUCUGUGAUUAGACUGAAAUGAUUAGAUUAUACCUUUAGAGGACAGUACCAAAUUCUGUAGUAAAUGUAGUACAUAUAUAGUCUACCUCUCUUUGUAUGUCAAUACUAAUUGUAGCUGAACUUGAAUGAAUUGUUUUAUAGAAAUCAGCAUGAUUUAGAUGUAAAUUCAAAAUUCUUAAUCAUUACAAAAAUGAAGAUGAUACCAACAUACAUGUAGUUGCGUAACUUGUAAUUAUGAAUGUGAUAUCAUUUCACCGACCAUGAAACGUAUGCAAAGAUAUGGUGCCUUUGCAAUUUGAAUUUGUAUUUGUCUUAUGAAUUGAACAAACACAUUAAAAUCCCUGUUUGUAAAUUUUGUUUGAAAUGGGUGGUGCUCUAUUGAAAUUAGGUCAUGUCUAGGCCCAUUAAGGCUCAUUCACAUUAUGUAAACUUUUGUGUUUAAAAAAUAAAUAAAGACAACAUGAGCAUAAUAUGCUUUACAUUUCUGUAUCUUAUAACAAAACAAUGAAGUGCGCACGCAUGUCACUUAGGACCUUUGUUGCGCACAAUUUCUUUUGUUAUCCCAACUUGCCAUUCAUGUACAUUUAAAAAAAGGGAUAAAAUGCUGUGGUUUUGCUUGUCAGGCACGUCUGAACUGAACGGGUCAUUAGAGAGUAAAUUGAUAUUUUAUGGGGUCCAUUUUUAAUGGUUAUCAAAGUCUGUUAUAGCUUUAUCUAUUGAUAUGUGGUCAAAGUUGUUCCUUUUUAGUUCAGAUAAGCAUUACUCGCUGCAGACGUGAUAUUUACUUUGAGAAUCCUUAAGUAUUAAUGUACAUGUAUCUUAAAAGAUGAUACCUUUUUAUACUGUAUUCAUCACGAUUGGGAUUGUCACGUUUAUCUCAUUAAUGGGAUGUCCUAUUGGCCUGACGUCAAACUAGUGACCUUUUUACAGUUAUUACUUUGUGACUGUAUUUGCCCAAGGUUGUUAAGUAGAAAGGGCUAGUCACAAAUGACUCUUAACAAAUAAGAUAACGAUAAAAUCUCUUGGCAGUUCAACAUUUCCUGCAUAGGGCUAUGUUAUUAAAAUCAUUAUUGUGUAUGUUUAGAACCUGAAGGGGUGUUAACUUUGUAAUAUAGUAAUGAGUUAAUGCCUUUCUGGCGCCAGACUGACUAUAUAUUUUAUGUGACCCUACCUUUCAUAGAUAAGAAAUCUAUUGUUCCACUUCUACUCCUGCUGUUAUCCAAAUAGGUAAAUUAAAUUCCCAUGCUAUUCUUCACUAAAUGAACAAUAUGUAAUAACUUUCAGGAAUGUAUUUAGCCCUGUAGAGCAGAUGGUAAUACAGUUACAUGUAACUCUGCAUAACUCGAAGUUGCACAAGUUGAAUUUUCCCUUAGUGGAAUCCAUUUUUGACAACCAAACUAUGCAAAACAUGUGAUAUUUACACUUCCUGAGACAAAUAGUCCAAUUGAUUUUUGCGGUCCCAGCAGAUUAGACUUCUGUAGAGUGAACUUUAUUUCUGGAAAACUGCUAACCUAGGGGGAGAGUUGGGGUUGAUUUGCAAGUAUUUAAAAAAAACAUUUGUUUAUACUUUGUUCUAUCCCUGCCAAAAGCAAUACUAAUAAUGCAAUUAAGAAAUAGAACAGUGUUUAGUUUUCAGUCCUAUAACCUGUUCCCUUUAUGAAAUAGAUGCUGUUAAAUGUCCCUGGUUGGAUGAAUAGGCCUCUCAUUUUCUUUGGUGGACAUCUACAUGUAUAUAUUCAUAUAUAAUAUUUAUUUCACGAUUUGCUAAAUAUACAGUAAUUAUGGAUGAAAGUUUAUACUUGCACUGAAAUCAUUACAAUUUUGGAGACCCUUGAGUAGUGGUUUGAUUAAAAGAUAAUAUGUUCACUAAUGUACAUACAACUAUAUAUUUAUGUGAAUGUGUAAAUAGAUUAACGAUAGCAUUUAUUGAACAAUGUGUGGCUUAUGUGGACAUGCAGCUAUUAAUAAAAUACUUUGAUAGAAAAAUAA